CUAUGGCGCGGUUCUCGACGUGCGUACGGCUGUGGUUCGGCCUUGCGUCCACAGAAACAGGGACGCAUCAUCAUCAGGCCAUUCAUUGGGAGACUGGCAGAAGGGGAGAGCGACACAAACAACGCUAUAUUCCAAGCAGGGGAAUCAAACGCUGGGGUCCAAUCUCCGAGUAACAAGUGUCCGACUGGAAGGCUAAAUUAGCUAGCUUGAGAUGGCGGAGGUUAGCGAGGUUUUGAUGUCGGUUCUGUCUACAAUUCGGGUUCCGAGGCCCGGAGACCGUGUCCACAAAGACGAAUGCGCCUUGUCAUUUUCCUCUCCGGAGAGUGAGGGAGGCCUGUACGUAUGCAUGAACAGUUUCCUUGGAUUUGGAAGCCAGUAUGUGGAUAGACACCACACAAGGAGCGGACAGCGGGCUUACCUGCACAUUAUCCGGACCCGCAAAGCUCCAGUGAGCGACACUCUGAAGGAAGAUGACAACAAUUCUGGAUCCGGUGACCCACCCAAGAAGAAGCCUACCCGAUUGGCCAUAGGAAUUGAGGGAGGGUUCAAUGUGGAGCAGGAUCAGUAUGAGGAAGAAGUGAAGGUGGUCCUCUUCCCUGACCGACAGGAAGUGACAGCGGAUGACCUCACCGCCAUGCCGGACGUUGUACGAGAGCGGGUGUCUCUAGCCAUGGCGGGGCUGAUGUCGGCCGACUCCGUGUCUCACGCCCUGCAGGUGCAGCAGUGGGACGGCGAGGUGCGGGCCGAGUCCCGGCAUGCUGCCGAACUCAAGCAGCUGGACAACGGCGUCAAGAUCCCGCCCAGUGGUUGGCGGUGUGAGGUGUGCGAUCUUCAGGAGAACUUGUGGAUGAACCUGACGGAUGGCAGGGUGUUCUGCGGCCGCCGGUAUUUUGACGGCUCCGGGGGUAACAACCACGCCCUUCUGCACUUCCAGCAGACGGGGCACCCCCUGGCCGUGAAGCUGGGCACCAUCACUCCCGACGGAGCAGAUGUGUACUCCUACGACGAGGAUGAUAUGGUGCUUGACCCAAAGCUUCCCCAACACCUGGCCCACUUCGGUAUCGACAUGAUGACCAUGGAAAAGACGGAGCGUACGAUGACUGAGCUGGAGAUAGCGGUAAACCAGCGUGUUGGGGAGUGGGAGGUGAUCCAGGAGUCUGGGGCCACUCUGCAGCCCCUGUCCGGCCCUGGGCUCACGGGCAUGAAGAACCUUGGAAACAGCUGCUACCUCAACUCUGUCAUGCAGGUCAUCUUCACCGUGCCGGACUUCCAGAGCAAGUACGUCUCCAACAUUGACAAGAUCUUUGAUGAUGCCCCAAGUGAUCCCACCCAAGACUUUAAAACCCAAGUAGCGAAGCUGGGCUAUGGUCUCCUGUCAGGAGAGUAUUCUAAACCAGCCCUGGACCCUGGAGAGGGCGCAGAAGCCAGCACAGAACCCAGAAAGGACUUCUGUUUCCAGGGUGACCAGGUUGGCAUAGCCCCGCGAAUGUUCAAAGCCCUUGUUGGGCGGGGCCACCCAGAGUUCUCCACCAAUCGGCAACAGGACGCCCAGGAGUUCUUACUGCACUUCAUAAACAUGGUGGAGAGAAACUGUCGUUCAGGGGCGAACCCUUCUGAGGCCUUCCGUUUCCUGGUGGAAGAGAGGAUCGUCUGUCAGCAGUCACAGAAAGCAAAGUACACACAGCGGGUGGACUACAUCCUCCAGCUACCUGUGCCCAUGGACCAGGCCACCAACACAGAGGAGCUCCAUGAGGCUGAGCGCCGACGUGAGGAGGCAGACUCGUCGGGAGCCCCUCCCCCUUCGCCGGUGCGUGCCAAAAUCCCGUUCACGGCAUGCAUGGCCGCUCUCAGCGAGCCGGAGACACUUACGGAUUUCUGGAGCUCUGCCGUGCAGGCCAAGACCACCGCAACCAAGACCACCCGAUUCGCAUCUUUCCCCGACCACCUGGUCAUCCAGGUCAAGAAGUUCACCUUCGGGCAGGACUGGGUCCCUAAGAAACUAGACGUGAGCAUCGACGUUCCCGACACACUGAACCUGAGCACACUGCGUGGGGCCGGCCAGCAGCCCGGGGAGGAGCUUCUGCCCGAGUUGGCCCCGCCCCCUCUAAUGACCCCUGACGUGGAGGUCAAAGGUAUCCUGGGUUCCCACGGCAACGAGGAGGACGACUCGCUCUACUCCCCCCUGCUGUCCCCGGUUCUGGACGACUCCACCGUGUCCCAGUUGUGUGAGAUGGGCUUCCCCCUGGAGGCCUGCAGGAAGGCCGUCUACUACACCGGCAACACUGGGAUAGACGCAGCCAUGAACUGGGUCAUGGGUCACAUGGACGACCCAGAUUUUUCCGCACCCCUGGUAUUGCCGGGCACCAGCUCCGCCCCCGGGACCACGCCCACCGAAAGCGUUUCCGAGGAGCACCUGGCAACCAUUGUCUCCAUGGGCUUCAGCCGAGAUCAGGCUACGCGAGCCCUGAGGGCCACGAGUAACGUCCUGGAGCGAGCCGUGGACUGGAUCUUCUCCCACCUGGAUGACCUAGAAUCCAUGGAGGUGUCGGAGGGGGGGCGGUCGGCCGCUGAGAGCGAGGGGGCCAGGGAGCCUCCUCCCGGGCCAAAAGUCCGAGACGGACCUGGCAAGUAUGAGCUGUUUGCCUUCAUCAGUCACAUGGGCACUAGCACGAUGUGUGGCCACUAUGUCUGCCACAUAAAGAAGGACCAACAGUGGGUUAUUUUUAAUGAUCAGAAAGUGUGUGCCUCAGAGAAGCCGCCCAAAGACCUGGGUUACCUCUACUUUUACCGGAGAGUCACAGAGUGACAGAGGACAGGGGGGUUUGACUCGGGGAGGGGAGCGGGGGUCGCUAACACACACACACACACACACACACACACAGUCACACACUGAGCUACUAAGAAUACCCCCACAGGCUUUUCAACUGACACUUUUAUGGUGUAAAUCAAUAGACUUCAGCUGACCACAGUGGGUAGGAGGAUGGGAUGGAGUGUCUGUGUUCUCCACUCUACAAUAAACCAGGUGGUGUUAGUGGGCCGUGUAGUUGGUUGACGGCUGGUGGACAAACUCCAGAGACCUUCUUCAUCCCGCUACUGACACCUGGCGACUCACUGUAGUCCUUCUUCAUCCCACUACUGACACCAGGCGACUCACUAUAGAUGCUGCUGUUUAUGUGCAGCAGCUAUGGUCCCGCCCCUCCCUCCACUUCCUGGCACGACACGCAACUCAUCUCCUCCACAUUUACUGACUAGCGGCCGUUGUGAUGUCAUUGCUUUUGAAGCCUAGCACCGCCUCCCCUCUCGCCCUUCGGUUGUCUGACAUUUUUAAGACAAGUUCAACAUCUGCAGUAAGAGAGAACACAACUAUAUAAUACGAAACAGUUGAAAUGUGUAUUUAAAACGAAAAGGUAAUAAAAAAAAAAGUAAAAAACCAAAACACUGGUUGUUCUUUUACGUGGUGAAGGAGAUAGCUGGGUGAAAUGUUUUUUUUGAUUGUUUGUUUAUUUUGCUAAAAAUGAGUUCCUUUGUUACUCCUGCUUUGACAAAUAAAAAUGUCUUUCUGCCAA